CGCGGACCUGGGCAUGAACAACGCCUCCAGACGCAACCCUGCCGCCAGCUGCCCCGAGAGCCCUCUGCUCGUGUGCUCAGGCUUUGUCCCGCUGCGACUCGCCUGUCUCGUUGCUGCCCUGCGGCCGUGCCCCCGCCGCAACCAGACCUCGUUGCCGACCUCCUCAACACCUCUCCUGGGCUUCUUUCCGUGAGCUCCCGACCUCCAGGGCACGGUAAGCUGCCAGACCAGCAGCGACACGGCUUGUGCCUGCUCUAGGCCAGCUUGUCGCAAGGGGCUGCGUUGAAGCGCGCUUGGGCAGCCAUCCGGGUACAUAACUGCCCACCCGGCGCUAUAAAAAUGGAGGACCUCCCAGACGCCGAUAUACCACCGAGCCCCGUGCAGCCGCGCUACCACACCGGACGCUUCCCGAACAACAAAGCCGGUGAUGGGAAGCCACGACUGCUCUUAAUGGGGCAGAGGAGGAGCGGGAAGUCGUCUAUAUCGAGCGUAGUCUUCCACAAGUUGCCGCCAAGCGAGACGCUGUACCUCGAAACCACGACCCGGAUCAAAAAAGAGUCGAUGCACUCCUUCAUGGACUUUCAGGUCUGGGAUUUCCCUGGUCAUCUUGACUAUUUCGACCCUGCCUUUGACGUGGACAACAUCUUCGACGAAAUUGGAGCCUUAAUCUGGGUGAUUGACGCGCAAGACGAAUACCUAGACGCGAUUGUGCGCUUGAAUGCGACGAUACUGAAUCUACAACAAACCUACCCGAACAUCAAUGUAGAGGUCUUCGUACACAAAGUCGAUGGCCUUUCGGACGAUUUCAGGAAUGAGGUUAUACAAGACAUCACCCAGCGGGUGAUGGACGAACUCUCGGAUAACGGCUACGAGAAUGCGCCAGUAUCAUUCUACUCGACGAGCAUCUACGAUCAUUCCAUCUUCGACGCCUUCUCGAAGGUGAUCCAGAAGUUGAUCCCACAGCUGCCUACCCUUGAAGCAUUGCUCGAUAGUUUGUGCAGAAAUUGCCAUAUUGAGAAAGCCUACCUCUUCGACGUGCUUAGCAAGAUAUAUAUUGCGACAGACACGAGUCCGACAGAUAUCGGAAGCUAUGAGAUAUGCUCGGAUUACAUCGACGUGGUGGUUGACGUGAGCGAGAUAUAUGGAUGGGAUAGGGGCGAUGAGGAGGCACAAGCACGGAAUAACGAAAACGCCAUCAAUGAUGCCGAAAGUCUUAUCACUCUGGAGAAGAAGAGCAACAAUUAUCUCUAUCUGCGGGAAAUUAACAAGUAUCUAGCUUUGAUCUGCUUAAUGGGCGAUGACAGCCCUGCGGACAAGAAACCUCUGAUCGAUUACAAUGUCGGCGUUUUCCAGGAAGCGUUGGCGCAGGUCUUUCCCCGAGGAGAGAAAUGAAUUUUUAUAGGUUAUCUCGCGACCUUAUACUGGUCACUUCUUCUUCAUGGGGAUGGAACUCUAUUGUGAGCAUUUUCUGCGGGAUGGGAAAGAUUUGAAGGUUCAUUUUCGGGGCAUAGACUUUUCAUGACUCUGAACGGCUCGGCAUGGACAUGUACCAUAGAUCAGACAAUGCAGCCAGGGUGCUUCUGGAAGGCGAUAUUUGAUAAUAUGAC